GGGCAUGCCAUCAUCACGCCGGCGAACCCACUUGUGCUUAGCAUCUUUGUUGACUGCAAAAACUGUGCAUAAGGUGUGACCCAAGGUGGGUAUAUAGUUGGUCCGAAUUGCGGAUUGCGUUUUCUAAAUGGCUACUGAUGAAGAUUCAGAAGCACCCCUCGUUGAAAAUUCCCAGAUUCAAAGGGGAUCUCCAAAGCACGACGAAAGAGAUGUUCAUAUCCUGAGCUUUGCCUUCCUGUUGAUUUUCUUGGCUUAUGGGGCGGCUCAGAAUCUUGAAAGCACUAUUAAUACUGCAGAAGAUCUGGGGACAACAUCUCUGGGGGUAUUGUACUUAUCAUUCACUGGUUUCUCUGCAAUUGCUUCUUUUGUGGUUAAGAAACUUGGGUCAAAGAAUGCUCUGAUUCUUGGCACUACUGGCUAUUGGUUGUUCAUAGCUGCAAAUUUGAAGCCCACUUGGUAUACAAUGAUACCUGCUUCAUUGUACCUGGGGUUUGCUGCUGCAAUAAUAUGGGUUGGGCAGGGGACAUAUCUUACAUCCACAGCACAGAGUCUUGCAAAUGACCAUAACCUUCAUGUUGGUACUGUGAUUGGUAAAUUCAAUGGAGAAUUUUGGGGGGUUUUUGCAAGUCACCAGGUCGUUGGAAAUCUCAUUACACUUGCUUUGUUGAGAGCGGAAACGGGAGGAAGAGACACCCGGGGCACAACUGUACUUUUCAUUGUAUUUCUUUGUAGUAUGACACUAGGUACUGCUCUCAUGUGCUUUCUGAGUACGAGAAGCACAAAAGUGGAGGCAUCCCUUGACGAUUCAUCUGGCAGUUUUUUCAAGUCAAUUGCCUCUUCAUCUAAGUCCAUAGUCAACUUAUUGCUUGACAUUAAAAUGGUGCUGCUCAUCCCCCUCAUCGCAUAUUCAGGCUUACAACAAGCUUUUGUAUGGGCUGAAUUUACCAAGUAUAUUGUACAACCUAAAAUGGGAGAGAGUGGAGUUGGUGGGGCAAUGGCCAUUUAUGGACUCUUUGAUGCAAUUUGUUCGGCAGCUGUUGGACGUCUCACCUUUGGUCUUAAAUCAAUCACGGUAAUAGUUUGUGGUGGAGGUAUAAUACAAGCUUUUGUGUUGCUGUGGAUUCUGCUGAAUCACAGUGUGGAUUAUGGAGUAGUUCGUGUUCUUAUAAUAGCUUCUAUGUGGGGCAUCGGAGAUGGAGUACUCAAUACCCAAUUGAGUGCUUUUCUUGGGAUUCUCUACAAUGAUAAUUUGGAAGGAGCAUUUGCUCAUCUCAAGCUUUGGCAGAGCUUUUCAGUUGCAGUCGUCUUCUUCUUGAACCCACUCAUCUCGUUGCAUGCAAUGCUGGUGAUCAUGCUUGCCUCACUCUGCAUCUCUAUUUCUGCAUUUCUUAUUCUCACGCUGAGGGUAGAACAUGCGUUUUCAAUUUCUCGUCCUUCAUAGAUGUCAAGAGCCGUAUAUUUUCUACCGGAUCCAACAACUAUAGCAUACCCGGUAUAGUCUCAACUUCAUUGGGGUCUUGGGUACGCAACUUUACUGCCUAAAACU